GAAGUGUUUUAUUCACAUGUGCUCUACCUUGACAGUUAUGAAUCAACGUGUUUGGCUACAUUGCGUUGAACUGAUGCUGUGCGUGCUGUGUGGACUCAUCCAUCCCCAUCCCGUCUCCAGCAGCAGCAGCAUCAGUGUCCCAUCCCCAGCCCGGAAACUGCACCGUCUGUCCGGCAGGAGGGAACCAGCUGACGAAGCAUCGCCCGGCUGAGCUAGCCCGCCCGGCGCAUGGACGCUCCAGCACAAUGGCAGAGGAUUUGGGGGUGCCUCUGUGGUAUAUCAACAACAGGUCGCAUGGAUAAUUCCUCCCCAAUCCUCCCGUAUCAUCUCUUGUUUGGGAUGAUUAGAGCGCCGCUGUCGGCUUGAUGUGGCAGGAUAGCCGUGCGGGAGCCGGGCUGCGCGUCCUGGCUGUCGACUGAGAGCAAAAACGGCGUGGAGCAGGUGUCGUGUAGCUGGGGGGCUCAGCAGGAUGGAAAUAGAUGCCCGUUUUCGUUACUAUUUCCAGCACCCAUGGUCGCGGCUCAUCGUGGCCUACCUCGUCACCUUCUUCAACUUCCUCGUCUUCGCGGAGGACCCCAUCUCUCACAGCCAGACAGAGGCCCACAUGAUUGUCGUUGGCAACUGCUUCUCCUUCCUGUUCAACAAGUACCCCGGCCUGGGAUGGAACAUCCUGAAAGUAGUGUGCUGGAUCCUCGCCAUCAUCUCUGGCCUGCUAGCUGGGAAGUUUAUAUUCCACCGCCAGCUAUUUGGUCGAUACCUGCGCCUGAAAAUGUUCCGCGAGGAUCACGGCUCCUGGAUGACCAUGUUCUUCAGCACCAUCCUCUUCCUCUUCAUCUACUCGCACAUCUACAACCUUAUCCUGCUCAUCGCUGGAAGCAUGCAGCCUCACAUGGUGACAGAGUACAUGGGCAUCAGGAAUGAGAGCUUCAUGAAGAUCGCUGCAGUGGGAACCUGGAUGGGAGACUUUGUCACUGCUUGGAUGGUGACAGACAUGAUGCUCCAGGAUCAGCACUACCCAGACUGGGGCAAAGCAGCCAGAAGGUUCUGGAAACAAGGCAACAACAGGAUCGUUCUCUUCUGGACGGUUCUCAUCACCCUGACAUCAGUGGUGGUUCUGGUCAUCAGUACGGACUGGAUCAGCUGGGACAACCUGAACCGGGGCUUCCUGCCGAGCGACGAGGUCUCCCGAGCCUUCCUGGCCUCCUUCAUUUUGGUCUUCGACCUUCUCAUUGUCAUGCAGGACUGGGAGUUCCCUCACUUCAUGGGUGACCUGGAUAUGAAUCUACCAGGAAUGUCAACGACGCAUGUAAAGGUUAAGCUUCCAGUCUGCAAGUCAAUCUUUAAAGAGGAAUACCACAUCCACAUCACAGGGAAGUGGUUUAACUAUGGCAUCAUCUUCCUCGUGCUGAUUUUGGACCUCAACAUGUGGAAGAACCAGAUCUUCUACAAGCCCUAUGAGUACGGUCAGUAUGUUGGGCCAGGGGAGCAGAUCUUCACAGUUGAGGAGCCAGAAACACUCAGCCUGUUCAACCACAGCACGCUCACCUACGAGUGGCGCUCCACCAACAUCAACCCCGACACCAACCUGACCUACGUGGAGCGGGACAUGUUUCUCCACAGCCGCUACGUUGGGUCCAGCCUGGACAUCAAGUGCCUCGCCUUCAUCCCGAGCCUGGCUGCGUUCGUCCUCUUUGGGUUCUUCAUCUGGUUGUUCGGGCGGUUUCAGGACAGCGAGACCUUCACAGAAAACCCGGACAAGUCGUACGAAAGGAUAAAGAGAAAGUCGCCGUCUGAGUACAGCAAGGAGAUGGGGGUGACGCCAGAAGAGAUGCAUGUUACAAUGAGUGACAUCCUGAAACGAGCAGGGAAUCCCAUGCUUCUAUCGGUGGACGGGCCGCACUUUGGAGCGACGCCCUCUACAAACUCUACUAUUUCUAUGGAAACCCAAGAGACACAUCCGAGCAUUGUGAUCGACAGUGCUCCGCUGGAAGAACCGGCUGUUUCUUUUGAUGUCAACAAGCUCUCUCCUUCACCCGAUGAACUUCAGAAACUUUGAACCAAAAGAUUGCAGGCUGGUUGGAAAUGUCGAGAUCAAGGGCAUCAGAAAUAGGACAAAGUGAUGUUUUGCGAUCCCAGAGUCAGUCCUGAUCCUUACAGAUGUAUUUGUUUGAGUCUAUUUUUAUAAAACAAUCUUUUCAAAAACCGCUUCAACGGCACCAAUUCUGAUAACAAACAUCUUUUCAAACAGAAUGCAAACUUUUAAUUGACAUGGUGCUUGCUCGAAUUUUGCAUUUUCAUAUCUCAAUUUUUUCAAGGUAAACUACAAAACUUCGGUGUCUAUAUAGGGGAGUUUUUCUACAGCUGUGACACAAAGGAUUUUACUGUAUCUAACCAGUGUUACAGCGACACUAGUGCCUUAACAUUUUAUAAGUUGGGAUACAGAACUGUCUAUACUCAAUGGGCAACGAUACGGAAGAUGUCCUCAUCAUUGAUCCUAUAAAUGUCUUAUAUAUGCUUUCAUAUCAUGCAGACAAUUGUUACCUCAUUUGAUCCUCGGACGUUAUGCAUUUUCAUUUCUUCUCCUCUGAUGUCUCUCCUGCUUGAUUUUUAAUGCAUAACUCUCCUGUGAAAUGCCAUAAUUUAAACAUCAAUGUACACUGAUGACCUUUACAUAUUCUCACUCUUGAUAUUAGUUGCAAAGAUAAUAAUGAAAUCAGAAGAGAUCAAAUAGCAAACCAACAAGCCACCUCAUGAUUGCUUAUGUGGCUGCUGCACCUGGACUGAAUAGCAACAGAGUCAGACGGUUGGUUUUUGCCCUUGGCAUAAACAUACCAUUGAAGUGCAGGGGAGGCUCCUGCUCCAAAGCUCAGGGCUUCUUUAUGUCUAGAUAAACCUUAAAAGUUUUAGAAGCAGUUUUGAUGUCAUGGGAAAUGCAUGAAAAAAUAUUUAUUUAUUUAUUUAAAAUGUUAUCCCACUGUUAAAAGAAACAUGAUUUUGAAUGCAACUGAAACCUGCAGCAUUUAUCUUUCCACUGACUUUGAAAGUUUUCUCUGCCUUUUUGCAUAUUUUCACAAGCUUGGCAGUCUCUUUAAAAACUGAUAUUUGGAGUUUUGGGCCAAAAACUAGGAUAGCCUUUGGUUAUUUUUUUGCAUAGCACGGAUACUAACUGAAAUAUUACUGCAUUACUAACAUCAUUGUCUUUCACAUCAGUGAGUACUUACCAAAGGUACCAAUAAUUCAGUAUAUUGAACAAAUACUGCAAAAUGAUAUGCUACUUUUCAAAGAGAUAUACCUAUAAAACACAGAGUGAAGCUAUUAUAUUAUAUGCAUCACUCUGCAUUAUAAUGGGCUGUAAUGUACAAUAAUGUCUUGAAAAAUACUCACCCCUACACCUCAGUCCUUGCAGAUUUUUAUUCAACCUGUUUCGAAUACAAAGAAAUGUAGCCUCUGAUAUGCCAGUGUUGAGUCAUAAUCAAUUGAUGUAUUUAUAACUUAAAAAAAUAUAUAAAUUAAUUAAUUGUAACCUCAAUUCUAAAAAGUUGGGACUCUGUGUAAAAUGUCCGGAAAAUAGAAUUUGAUGUUUUCAAAAUCAUUUAUAUUUAAUGCAAAUGAAUAGAAAGACAACAAGUCAAAUGUUGAAACUGAAAAAUGCUCAUUUAAAAAUUUCUGCCACAAAAGACAUUUCAGUCAGACAACUGUCAGACAACUCGCGUUUACUUGAGAUAAGUUUAUUGCAGCACACAGUAUUGUGUUUGGCGUAUGGGCUCCGAACCUCAUUACUCCUCGUAGAUUAUUUAAAUGCAGACAUUAGGGGUAAUGAGAUAGGACUAACCCCCCCCCUCGGAGCCUGCAGGUGGAUGCCAGGGAGGAGGUGGGUACAAAGUUUGCACACAGUACUGAGCAGGACAGCAGGAGCACUUGCAAAGCAGAGGCAUAGACAGGGAGACUUGCAGCUUAAAUAGACAGCCAAAUGAGAGGAUAUUGAGAUCAGCUGAUAGUGAGGAUGAUGACGUGUCAUUAUGAAUGAGCGCAGCUUGAGUUGUCAGCCUGAACUAGCAUGCAGGCGACGCUCCAUUUUAAAAAAAUUUAACCAUUGAAAAUCAUUAUUGGUGUCUGUUUGCACAGUACAGUUUUAACCUACAUUUGUGAAUGCAGUGAUGAACAGUGGAAGUGAUUUUGUGCACAUGCAGUGAUUUCCACUACAGAGUAAAGUCCUUUUCUUAAAUAGUGCCACCCGAGGGCCCACAGAUCACAGCCAUCCUGUAUUAGUUUUUUGCCUUGUCUCUUUUGUGCAGAUAUUUCUCCAGAUUCUCUGAAUCAUGUUAUGUUAUAUUAGGAUUGGUAGAUGAUAAAAUCUCCAAAUUCUUGUCAAUGUUAUACCGAGGAGCAUUAUUUGAAUUUGUUCAACUAUUUGCUCACACAGUCUCUCACAGUCAUGAACCUCUUCUCAUCUUUACUUCUGAAUUACUCAGCCACUCUGGAAUACCCUUUUUAUUCCAUGUCAUGUUACGAACCUAAUAAGUUGAGAUGUUCCUCCAGGUUUUGUAGUUUUUUUCACACAUUAUUCAGUGUUUUGUUUCCCUGUCCAAACUUUUUCUGAAACGUGCUGCUGGCAUGAAAUUUAAAAAGAGCGUAUAAUUUGUGAAAUAAUCAAAUUUUUAAGUUUCAGCAUUUGAUACAUGUCUUUGCAUUACAAUAAAAUAAUGGGUGGAAUUAUUUGUAAACCCUCAAAAUCAACAUUUUACACAGCAUCUCAACUUUUUGGGAAUUAGGGGUUGUAGAAAGACAAUAAAAAAGAAGUAUAAUGGCAUUAUUAUGGAAAAUUCUAUCAUAUUCUUUUCUCUUAAAAUACAGUCUAAAGGUAAGUUCAGUUAAUCAUAAUAUAUUUUUACAAAUGUAUUUAUUUAUGACUAUAAUUCACCCGUAAAUACUUAAUAUCCAGCGUCCCACUCUAGAGUCCCUACAGGAGUCCUGUCUGUGUGUGUGCGUGUGUGUGUGUGUGUGAUUGUGUGUGUUUUUACAUUGUGGAGACAAAAGUUUCCGUUUGUGUGUAUAAAGGAUGUUUUAUACCUAAUAGUGCAUGUUGUGUGUAUAUGAGUGUGUAUGCAUGUAUGCACUGGAGGCUUGCUUGUUUCGUAGGUGUUUGCUACCACAAUUGUUUUUGACAGAGGCCAUUCUGUGAAGAGGUCACUUUAUUUAGCAUAAUUUGUUUGCAGUGAUGAGUUCUGUAAUUAUCUUUUUAUACAUUACAGCUCUAAGGACAUUGAAAACGAGUGUCUCACCAAAGGGCAGAACCGUUUUGGACUGGAAAGGAGGUCUAAUAUGUUUGUAAUUUAUUGUGUUUGUGUCACAUUUAAGGGUUUCUUUGUUCAUUUUAAUUUGCUUGUGUUCAAAGACUGACUUGUCAUUCAGUUGCUGCGUGUUUGUGCUUUAUUAAAGGAGAGUAAAUCUCUUGUUAGUUUGCUCCGUGUAUUGUUCGUCAGUUUAACCCUGUGUUUCCAAUAAAUUAAUACAUUUCUUA